AUGAGGUAGGCCAAGAGCCACACAUUUUAUCACUACUUCAAAAGCUAACACACCACCCCUCUGCUCCUUCUCACAGCACCCGAGCCACUCCACACAUCGUCCUGAUCGGCACCGGUCUCACGUCCCUCACGAUCGCCCGUACCCUCCUCCUCUCCACGACCCUGACCACCCCCUUCUCCCUCACCCUCUUGGACAAAGCCAAGAACCCCGGUGGUCGACUGACGUCCCGCACCUACGACUCGGGCGUCGUUCUUGAAACGGGUGCUCGAGUGUUCGAAGCUUCACCCAAUGCCUCGACCUUCAUCAAAGAGGUCGAACGGUGGGAAUCCAAGGGAUACGUCAAACAGGUUGUUCCGGGGAUGUUGAAAGGUGUUGGAGAAUGGUCGAGUGGUUCGGGACGAGGCGGGAAGUGGUGGGAAGGCGUCGGGGGUUUCAGUAAAGGUUUGAUCGCGGGUUUGGUGCAGGAGAUCAAGGAAGCUUCAAAGGGGAGGGUCGAGUUCAAGUAUGAAGUUACGGUGAGUGGGGCCUGUCUUCAGGUGUUAUUAUGUGCUUGAGUCGAUCGCAGGCAUUGAUUUAAUCGUCCUUUCUUCAUCUCGACCCCAAACUUUUCACUCCCCGCUCUUCCCAGGCCGCCAACCCCAACCCCAUCGAUCCUACGACGAACCCUCUCGAACUGACCCUCAAACCCACCCUCGAGCUCCCCCCCAUCUCCUACCUCGUACACACCGCCCCCUCACCUCAAAGCUCCGUCCUCCUCCCUUCCUCCUCAACUGCCAAAGCCUCCCCCACGACCUAUCUGAAAACUUUCGUUUGGCUCUUACCGACGAUCAAGUUAUCCCCCUCUUCACCGAUCUAUCACCGUGAUCCUCAUACCUUAAUAAACUCCAUCGCGACGGGCCUAAGUUCCGAAAGUACCUCCUCCAAAACCGACGAUGAUGCUCAAGGUUUGGUCAUCCAAUCGACACCUGAGAAACUUGGGCUAGGGUACACCAAGGACGAGACGACCGAUCAAGAGAUUCGUGAUCGAUUUUUCAAGAUCCUUUCCGACGAGAACGUCUUGCCUUUGGAGAUCUUGUCAGAGAUUAAAGACAGGACGGGACGGGAAUCGCAAAUCAAGCGUUGGAAAUUCGCUCAGGUCGAACGUGCGGUCGAGGUGCGACAAGGAGGCUACGAGACAGAGGGAAACAGGUGUGUUGUUUUGGAAGGGGAUAGGGUCAUCUUGGCUGGCGAUGGGACGGCCGGUGGUGCGGGGGGUGUGGAAGGGGCUUAUCUGGCCGGGGUGGAGGCGGCGGAAGUGUUGAUCAGAUGGAUGGAACAGGGGGAGGGGUCAAAGAUGUAG